AUGUUCAACGCAAACUUCUCCUUCACCCCUCGCCCAACUCGCGUGGACUCCUUCAUGAACACCUCAAAUCCCGCCCGGAGCUCGACCCGCUCCGCCUCACCCUGCACUUCGGGAGCACCUUCCCCUACAGACUUCAGCGUCACCGAUCUGGCCGCACAGUUCUCGCAGCAAAGAAUACAACGGAACGCGCAAAUAUGCUACGACUCCUGCACAUCCUACGCCAACACCGAUGACGAUGCCAGCUGGUCCAUCCCUCCGCUCGAAGCCGGCAACAACGAUGCCCUCCACCGGGUACGAUCAUACCCUCCGCCGCGCCCUCAUUCGCCAUCACAGCGGGCACAUCGCCAGCUACACACGCAACUGCUCUGCACCACCUCUCAUCGUCGGGAUAUCGCAGCGUUGAUUGCGGGCAUGGUGGAUGCGGGAGAACAAUGCUGCGUCAGCCCGCUUUCCCCGGAGCCAUCCUCGCCUUCGGCCGAUGGUGAUGACGAAGGAUACAACAGCAGUGACGACGCCUCGCGACAGUCGAGUGUGACAACCCCGCAGUAUCAGUGGUAUCACCGGAGGGCGUCGGAUCUGGUUAGCAGCGGGGCGUGCGUGAGCAAGGGGAUUCGCAUGCGCAAAGAGCGACGGUACCGGCGAGUACGAACAGCGGAGCAAUAG